GUAUGAUACUUGACAAUUGUUGCUGUAUUUAAUCAGAUGUCUAUUAAUCGUGAUAGCUUGAAAAGACUGUUGUGAUAUACGUCAACACUUUUGUAUUGGCUCAUUUUUUCAUCACCUUGUGUGUUUCUGCUUCCAUUGGCUUAUCAAAAGAAUACGUGAGGAAUAGGCCCAUAUAAAUGCUUCCACUCCUCUGUCAAGUUCUGACUCGUGUUUUCUGGAGUAGGCCUAUAGUUUCAGCGUUGAUAUAAUGAAAUUCUUCAUAGUUACUUUGGUAGCUGGAUUGUUAGCACAUCAGGUAACCUCGGCAGUGCUGACGCCAGAUGACGCCACCAAAGCAGUAGCAGAUACAGUCAAAGCCGCAGGGGACACCGCCGCCGCAGGAGUUGCUCAAACGCAAGCCGCAGCUGGGGAUGCCCUCAAAUCAGCCGGAGCGGCAGCAGCAGAUCCGAUGGGAGCGCUCACCAAUUUGGCGGGCGGAAUGGACAUGUCCAAAAUGGCCGGCAUAACUGGGGCCUUCAACCCUCUGCUCAGCAUGGCAAAGGAGCUCACCACCAACAGCAUAGGCGCUGGCAAGAUGGCGCUCGUUGGAAACCUCAAGGCUGUGCAAGCAGGUAUGAAUGGCAUGAAGGAUUCAACACAGAGCCUGCCCAUGGUAGGUGCGCUUUUCUCACCGAUGUUCGGCUUAGGAGCCUCAUUUGCUAACAUGCCCAUCAGUCCACUCAAUAGUAUAUUUGAUGGACUCAAUAGGAUGAUCAGCAUGACACCUGGGAUGCCUGCUGCAGGGGCCACCAAGCAAUAAAUACUCAUUGUAACAAAAGUAAAAAUAAAAAACAUAAAAUAACAAAUCAAUAAAUAUUGAAAAUGA